AUGGAGCAGGGCAGGGAGGCCUACUACUCCUCCGAGGAGUCCUUCAUGAAGGACUAUAAGAUAAUGAUGACCUUGGGCCAGGGACAUUUUUCCAAGGUCAAACUGGCCUUCCACGUUCCUACUGUAACCUGUGUGGCUGUAAAAGCUGUUAGAAAUAAGAAGAACGCGUCGCUUGUCGAGCGUGAAGUCAACAUCAUGAAAUCUCUCAAACAUCCGAAUAUCAUUCAGUUGUUUUACGUGCUCCAAUCAAGAGAGACCACCUUCUUGGUGAUGGAGUACGCAUCAGAGGGAGAUCUUCUUCGACACAUUCUGGAAGUGGGGUCCUUAGAGGAGAGCGAGGUGCGAAGGCUAUUUACCCAGAUACUCCUUGCUGUGGAGUAUUGCCAUAGCAACCAUAUUGCCCACAGGGACAUUAAGGCCAAUAACAUACUCCUGGACAGCAGAGGUGAUGCCAAACUGUGUGAUUUUGGCCUUGCUGCCAACGUGGCCCCAGGACAGCUGCUGAAGGACUUCUGUGGCACUCUGCUCUACUGUGCCCCAGAGCUCUUUGCAGAGGAGGCCUAUGAUGGGUGUGCCACAGAUAUGUGGAGUCUAGGUGUGCUCCUCUUCCUCAUGGUGGUUGGGCGCUUUCCCUUCCGGGCCAGCUCUCCUAAAGGUGUUAGGCGUCAGAUCCUUGCCGCAAACUUCAGCAUACCUCAGCACGUUUCCAUGGAUAUUUUCAAUGUCAUCGUAGAACUGCUGAUGAUCAACCCGGGAAGGAGGCCGACCAUUGAUCAAAUCAUGAAGCGCCCCAUGAUCAGGGACAGGAAGACUCGUUUGCCACCUGCUUCCACACAGAAACCCCCAGGCGCCCUGAGCCCAAGCAUUGUCAACACCAUGAUGGUCAUGGGGUAUAAACCUGAGGAAAUAAUUGAUUCUCUGAGAGACCAAAACUACAACCAGGUGAUGGCCACUUACCUGAUUCUCCAACACCAGUCUCCUGGCGGAGACUGCUGCCAUCACCAGGUGAAAUGCAUGAAGCCAGACCUUGUCCUCAACCUGGAUGAUCUUCACACCUUCCCUGUGCCCCUAAGGCGAGCUAGCGAGCCUGCUCCCCUGACCUUCAAGACCUUGUCAUCCAAUCCCCAGGAGAGAGAGCAUGAGAAGAAUGCCAGGCAGUAUGGCACAAGGCAUAGCAUGCCUGCCACCCUGUGCUGCCACUCAGAGAGGACCCGACCUCCCCACCUAGUCUACCUGAACAGGCAUCGUGCUCUUUUCCUCACAAGCAGUAUCGAGGAAAUGAGCGAGAAUUUCUCUGAGUCGAUGAUUGGGAAAAGUGGCAGCCUGAGGGCCAGUGUCCACCCAUCAUCACUCUUAAUGUACACUGCUUAUUCUAGUCCAGAGCUCAAUGAGCCCACACGUGACACAGGCAACAGAGCUUCCUGCAGUUACCAAGAGGAAUUCUGGAGCUCAGUGGAGACAGUUCAGAGUGUAACUCCCAAAGGCUCCUCCUCCUCUUGGAAUACAUUGCAGGAAGACACCAUGUCACAAGAAGAAGACAUUACUGAGCAAGUGAAUAUCACACAGGAAGAGGCCAUGAAUGAUGAAGGUACCAUCACACAAGAAACAACCAUAACCCAGGAAGUGUCCAUCACAGAGGAAGUGACUAUAACUCACCAAGAAGCCACCACAAAAGAAGCAACCAUUACCCAGGAAGAGGAUGACACACCUGAUCAGGAUGACUCUAUCACAGAGGAGAAUGCCAUCACCCAUGACCAGCCUGAGGUUGCCGGCCCAGCUUCCUCCCAAAGCCGUAGGCGCCACAGGUGGAAGGGGGUCAAGAGAGCAAUGGUGAACUGCCUCAGACACCUGUGCUGCUGCGUGGCCCCUGCCAAUAGAAGCCAUGACUCCUGUAAGAACCUGGCUGCAAGGAAACAGGAUCGUGGAGUCACCCGCAGAACCAGCGCUGAAGAGGUCCAGACCCAGCUCCGUGGCUUGUGAGCCACGGGUUGGGGAUGGGUCUGGCUGAAAUUCGGACAGCACACAGAGGAGCCAGGCCAGAUGUCCAAGAAUCAGUGUGUCUGCUGGCCACCCGUAUUCAGCUCUCACCAGGCCACCAUUCACAUUGGGAACUGAAUUCUGUACACAACACCAUUUGCCACAGCAUGAGGGAAUGAUGGGUGUCCUGAUCGUGGUCGAGCCUGAAACCUUCAUGGGAGAAGCAACCUCCUGCAGGCCCUGCCUACUGCCAGCCACAGUCUGCUCUCUGCCGGGCGAUGGUUUCUUCCCUUUGUCUCACUCCUUGCAAGUCCAAGCCUUCAGUCAGCUGGGCUAUGGUUGUUUCCAUAGGUUGCUUCAUUUCUCUGUGUCUUUGCAAGUUGCUUUUUCUUCCACAAUAAGCAGCUUUUUGCACACCAUUUGGGAGAGCUUCCUGGAAACCAUCCCUGUCCACCCAACAGUCACAUGGGCAUGAACUCAACUUGUGUCCUCUUUCUCCCUAAACUGUUCCAACAUGCCAUGGCAGGAACCACAGAGAACUCUCUGUGAGUGUUGUGCAUGGUCUGUCUGUCCAGCUUGUCCCUAAAGUGAACCCAGGAAGAGACGGUUCCUGGAAUCAUCAUCUUGCUGGGACAUUGUCUGUGCUCCCCAGCAUGUCCCUAUCGUGUUCCCUGAAGAUGAAACAUAUUUUACUGACGUGUCCUCUGAGCAACACUAAGCUCAUAGGAAAGAUACUUUUGUACAGAAUCUGAGAAGAAAGCAGUGUCUUAUUCCUCUCUGAGGCGGAACGAGCACCCCAGAUCCCUAUGCUUUCUCAAAACACCAUCUACAACUGCGGGAAAGGAGAAUUCCCAGGAUACUGUGCUGGCCUUAGACACUGGACUUGGCUGAGCUGCUUAGAGAGAACUGAGGAGGACUUCUCAGGACUCUGUCCAGCCUGGGAGGGAGAUCUGCCUUGGCAUGCUGAUCAUAUUCAUACAACUAUAUUGUUUGCCUGCCCUCCAUCCACUGGAAUGUGGACCACCUGGUUUCCUGUAUGCAGUACAGGCUGCCAAGAAUGGCGACCCUGCUGCACCCAACUGAGUGUUGGGGCUACAGAUGACCUGACUUUCUACUGAGAGUCUUUUGAAGGACCACAAACACGAGCGUAGCCUUUUCUUCUGAAGCUGGUGAGCUGUGACCUGGGUGGGAGGGAGGUAAAGGAAGCUGUCCCCAUCCCAUGCCAUGUCAAGGACACUCAGCUCCGUGGGGCAGAAUGGAAGGCAGAAGCCUCUCCAGUGCAUGUCCACAGCAGCAGCUGAUGAUAGUAGGAAGAUGAAGCCUCACAUUGCUUGAAGAUGAAAACAGAGCUUCCAGAUGUGCAGUGAAUAUUUCGAGUGAUUCACAUCUGGAAUUGGCUGAGCAUGGAGUCAUCUCUUGUGCAGUGUACUGAGGAGCUGUUCAAGCUGGGCUGUCCUGAUUUUCCUGAACCGAUUUCAUAGACACACUGCUGCUCCUGGACAUGCCGUCCACAAUUGAGAUGACUGGGUUGUGAGUCAAGACUGUGAAAUCCAUACCUGGAGCAGACUGGCCUUUGUGUCACAGACAGUUGCCUGCUUCUGUCUCCCAAGUGCUGGGAUCAGAGGCGUGCACCACCACAAACAUGACCACACUUGACUGCAGGUGCUUCAACCUUGCUGGACUUGAGAAAGCCUGUUUCCAAAACACAAGGUGUACAUAUCUCUUGGUUCUAGGAGGUUUCAGAAGCCAAGGGAGAUGACUUUGCAGUAGGAGAAAAGAAGACCACCUCCAUCAAUUCUACUAGCACCCCCAAAUCAUUGAGUUAUGUUUCUUAAGUUGGAAAUAAAUUAAAUUCUUUAAUGA